AUGUGUCCGGACGGAGACGACAAUGAAAGCCAACGCUCCAGUCGAAUAACUGCCGAUCCUGACCUUGAGGAUGAUGACAACGAUUCAGCAUACGGAGACGAAGCCUUGACCGAAACAACUUCGAUAUCGUCGUGGAUUAGGGACUACCGUGUGGAAAAUGGCCGGACUUACCACGCCUUUAAGGACGGGAAGUACUGGGGCGCCAACGACGAAGAGGCUAACCAACACCAUGAUAUCGGCCACAACUUAUACUUGAAAACUCUAGACAACCGCCUCUUUCUCGCGCCUAUCCAUUCCAACCCCUCUCAAAUCCUUGAUCUCGGUACCGGCACCGGGGCGUGGGCCAUUGAUGUGGCCGACCUAUAUCCCUCGGCCAUCGUCAUCGGAACAGACCUCUCCCCCAUUCAACCCACAUGGGUCCCGCCCAACGUACGCUUCGAGAUUGACGACAUGGAAUCCGAAUGGACCUACGAUUCCAACAUCUUCGAUCUCAUUCAUAUUCGCGGUCUCCACGGCACUAUUGAGGACUGGCCGGCUCUGUACGCGCAAUGCAUGCGCUGCCUGAAGCCGGGUGGGUGGCUCGAGCAGGCAGAAUACUCUGCGCAGUUCACCAGCGACGACAAUAGUCUCCCUCCAGACGGUGGCAUUGCAGCAUGGAACAAUGUCGGCCCUGAAUGUCAUGCGAAGCUCAAUCGUGAACUACAGGUUCUCGAGACCAUGCGUCAACACAUGACCAAUGCGGGCUUUGAAUCCGUCACCGAACGCAGGUACAAGUGGCCUAUCGGGCCGUGGCCCAAGGAUCCUGCUCUCAAACAGCUUGGCCAGUGGUGUCGAGCGCAUAUCGAGACUGGCCUGGAGAACUGGACGUUGAGGUUGUUGACCAGUGUGUUGGGUUGGACUGCGGAUGAAGUCAGAGCCCUCUGCGCUACAGUAAGGAAUGAACUGAGAAGUUCCAAGGUUCACGCCAUUCAUCGCAUGAACGUGGUAUAUGCGAGGAAGCCUGGUAGUGCAAGGUGA